UUGCACCAAUUGCAACAGUAGUGUUUUCCCAACAUGAAAUAAAAAUAGAUGCACAAGACAUUGAACACAUAAGCUAUCUUUUCUGUCCAUUUGGUGCAUUUGUUUGGCUUUUCCAAAUCUACCAAUCUAUGGAUCACACAUUGUAAUAUCUUACUGAUUGGAUGUUUCUGAGUGCCCAAAAAUAGUUGGACAGCAAGUUUUAGAAAGGCCCACUCAUUCAAUGGUUGGGAUCAUAAUGUGGGGUAAUUGAAGAUAAUUCUCAUCUUUGAAAUGUCCAUGCCAUAUUUCGCAUUUUACUCCAGUGUUACAAACUUGAGAUUUAAAACUUUCUGAAAGAAAGUUGAUAAUUGAAUACUAUCUGUUUUGGAGGCUAUGUAUUGCUGAUUUUGUUCAGGCCAUGACUGUCCAACAGGUUUGAGGCACCUAUGGAUCUAAAGAAAGAGCGGGAAAGAUUAAUAUUUGAACAAAAGUAUGGGGAAGCAUUCACUUCAGCCCAUGAAUUGUUGGAUGUUUAUUUGGUUUUUAGAUAAUGCAGAUUUCGAUUAGUUUUUCAGAGUUUAUAAUUGAGAAGAUGAGCAUGUGCUCUUGAAGUAUUGUCUCUCACUCUCUCUCUUUUUUAUGACAUCUCAUCCUUGUCUUUUUCUAUAUUUUUAGUUCUUCAAUUUUGCUGCAUAACUUUUCUGUAUGAUGAUAUUCGUUGUAGGAAGCUAUUCGUUGGGGUACUAAUUAUCUUCGCAAAACUACUGCUCAUCUAAACACCAUAUAUGUGCAUGUUGCUUUUUCUUUUUCUCUAAUUCUUCUUGGGGUUGGAUUUGCUUUCUUUUUCUUUUUUCUCAUGUGGGAUCUCUGUUUUUUUUCAGAAAAAAGCUGUUGAAUUUGUAUUUUCCAUUUGUUUGGGAUUUUUUUUUUUUUUUUGGAUUUCUUUGCUGGGUUUUUCCAUCCGUUUUUGGAAUGUUGAUUUCUGGUUCUUAUAACUUUUUGGAGUUUUUUUAGAAGAAAAGAGGAAUAAGAGACAAAAAGCUAUUUUUUUUUUGUUGUUGAAGAUUUUAAGCAAUGAAAAUGGUUUUUGGGAUUUUUAGAGGGCUUGAAAGAAAGAGAAGCAGAGAAAACAGAGCAAUGCGAGUUUUUAUUUUUGGUUACAGGUGGGUGAUGCUAACAAGGAUCAUGCGUGUUGAACACAAUGAAGUCAGGAAAAACACAUGCUGUAGUUAUGUAACACAUGCAUAGAUCAACACAUCACAUUUUAAUGCAACUUGGUUAUCAAGGCAAUGGUUAAUCACAUUUUGAUCCAGUUUGGUUAUCUGGAGCAUUUUUUAUAUGAAUAGUAACUCUGUUACUGAAAAAUGUGGAUCUUUAGCAUUGAUUAGAGAAGUGCUUAUAUUUUGUAACAAAACCAGAUGGUUAUUAGUCUUGUACAUUUAAUAGUUGGGAGUUUUGUCUAUGGCGGCACAAAAACAAAGAGCAAAUCUGGGACUGGACCUGAGUCAGCAAUGGAAUCUGAACAUCCGACAGGUUGGGGGAGUUGAGACUGUUACUCUUGGAGAUGAUGAAGCCCCUGCUAGAGGUUGUCAGAAAAGCAUUCUUGAGAGAAAAGCUCCUCCAACCUUCCAUUUUCUGAUUGAAAUGAGGGAAAGGAAAUAUUGGGUCACGCAUCGGACUGAAAGGAGUGUUGAUAUGUUGCUCCAUGGUAAAAAGCCCUUGGUUGAGGUAAUGAUAGCAAAACCUCCGUACCCAGCACUACUUUAAGCAUUUACUUUAAACAUAUGGCUAGAAUAGGGUUUUGACAAAUUCUUUGAAAACUAGGAAUGCAGAUUCACCUUGGUUGACCGAUGAGUCAAAACUUGAUCAUGGGUAUAAGGUACAGUUACUAAUUGUUGCAUUGGUUCCCAUUAAUAAGGAGAUUGAUAAAUCAUAAACACGCCUUAAACACGUAAGGUUGUCCCUGAACAAAUUUCUCAGGCCAGCGUCACAUUUUUGCCGUAUUUUCUAUGGCCUUCAUCAGACUGAUGCCCAAGUCAGUUUGCUUUGCCCCCAAACUUUGUAAUGACAUUUUGUUGGCUCUCUUUUACAUUGGUAAGUUUUAAACGGUUGAUAAGAAGCAAACUGCUGCUAAUCAUGCAAGUUCUAGAAAAUUCUGAUGCAUAAUGUUGGGUGUUAUCCACUGCUAAUCAUACAUUGGUGUUGGCUUUCUUUUACUGCUCAAACUGCCAACCUAUUUCCAGAAUGUCAUGCGUGUCGGUUUCUGACUGCGGUCGACCUUGGUAUGUUGUCUUUUUAUUACUCCCAUUUAAAUAUUUACAAUGUCUUUUAGACUUAUCUCAUACAGACUUGAUUUC